AUGGCAAGAAUUAAGAAAAAAGGAACAUCUGGUAAUGCCAAAAAUUUCAUUACGAGAUCAAGAGCCAUAAGCAAGCUCCAGGUCUCUCUUGCAGACUUUAGAAGAUUAUGUAUCUUCAAAGGUAUUUAUCCACGAGUUCCAAGGAACAAAAAGAAGGCAAAUCAUGGCUCCAAGGCCUCAACAACGUUUUACUACACGAAGGAUAUAAAAUAUUUGAUGCAUGAACCUCUGAUCAACAAAUUUAGAGAACACAAGACCUUUGCCAAGAAGCUUUCGAAGGCUUUAGGAAGAGGUGAAGUUGGUGAUGCCAAAAGAUUAGAAGAGAAUCGCCCUAGAUACAAAUUGGAUAGAAUUAUUAAGGAGAGAUAUCCUUCCUUCAUAGAUGCAUUAAGGGAUCUGGAUGAUGCCUUGAAUAUGUUAUUUCUUUUCAGUAAUAUGAGAGCCACAACCAAAGUUCAUUCUAAGGUUGUCAGGCAAGCAACUGAACUUACAAAUCAAUGGAUGGCAUAUAUAGCAAGACAGGGUGCUCUUAAAAAAGUUUUUGUUUCGAUAAAGGGAGUUUAUUACUCCGCCAACAUUAAGGGACAGGAGAUCAUUUGGCUUGUUCCCUUCAAAUUCCCCCAAAAUAUUCCUUCGGAUAUUGACUUUAAGGUCAUGGUCACCUUCUUGGAGUUUUACGCUACUUUACUACACUUUGUCCUUUAUAGGCUUUAUACUGAGGCCGGUCUUGUUUACCCUCCUAAGAUCAACGAAUCACGAAUCAAGGGUAUUGGUGGUUUGACUGCUUACGUUCUUCAAAAUAGGGAAGAGACAGAAACUGGAGAGGACGACAACUUGUUGACUGAAAAGGAUGCAGAAGAAAGUGCAUCAAAUACGGAAAGAAAAUUGACUGAGGAGGAGAUUUCGAUGGCUGUUAAAGCAGACAAAAGAGAGGCUGACGCCGACAAGGAUAAUGAGAAUGAGAAUGAGCAAGAGAAGGCAAUAGCGGCCGAAGAAGAGGAAAAAUUGGAUGAAUUUGUUGAUGAAAAUAAAAUUAAAGGUGAUACUUUACUUCAGCCAAAAAAUGAGGAGAAUGAGGCUUCAAAGUUGUUUUCUAAUUUCGUUUUUUACAUAGGUCGUGAGGUUCCUGUUGAUAUCCUUGAGUUUGUCAUUCUUUCAGCUGGUGGUAAGGUUAUAAGUGAAGCGGCUUUAGAUGAAUACACUUUGAACGGUGGAUCUGAUGCAAAGGUUGAUCUUUCCUCGGUGACACACCAAAUAGUGGACCGCCCAAAGAUUGCCAAGAAGUUUCAAGGCAGAACAUACAUUCAACCCCAAUGGGUGUUUGAUUCUGUGAACAAAGAAGAGUUGCAGUCUGUGUCAGAUUAUGCACCAGGUGAAACUCUUCCCCCACAUCUUUCUCCAUGGGGAGAUUCUGGUAUUUACAACCCUGCUGAGCCAAUCACGUUGGAGAAGAGUGAGGAGGAGGAAGAAGUUUCAAAUGAAGGUGAUGGAAGUGAUAAGAACGAAGAUGUUGAAGAAGAUAAAGACUUGGAGGCCCAGAAGGAAUUGGAGCUGGAAGCAUCGGGUGUUGCAUACUCGGAUAUUGCUAAGAAUAAGAAGAAUAAACAGAAUGGUAAGGGUAAGAAGAGAAAAUUGACAGAAGCCGAAGAGGAAAAGGAGUUGAAGCUAAUGAUGAUGACGAAAAAGCAGAGAGGCUUGUACAAGCGGAUGAAAUAUGGACAGAACAAGGAAGAAAUCAGAAAGAAGGAGUUGCAGAAGAAGAGAGUGCAACUCCAGAAGUCCAAGGAAAAACUGGGCAAGUUGAACCAGAAGAAGUGA